UUGGAUCUACUGAUAUUAGUCAAUGGACAUUCAUAAAUAUAAUAUAGUAUUUAUAAUCGGUGCGAUAUAUAUAACAUUUCUUGAGCACCAUGUCUCCACAUUACCUGCUGCACGUCAAGACACGCUUGAAUCAUACUCCAAUUCCAAUAUAAGAUCAUUCAAAAAGGCCUUAGGUUACGAUGAAGAGACAUAUUUGAACUUCACAGAACUAGCAACCAAGUACGGAUAUCGGACUGAGGAGCAUACUAUAACAACAGAAGAUGGUUACAUUUUAAAAGCUUUCAGAAUUUUAACGAACUGUCAAGAACCUUAUAAACGUCCGCCGGUAUUAUUAAUGCAUGGAGUUUUUGAUAGCUCCGACGUAUGGAUAAUAGCAGGAAAAGAUAUAGGAAUUGGAUAUUUGCUCGCUGACUACUGCUAUGAUGUAUGGGCGCUUAAUCACAGAGGAAACAAGUACUCCAGAAAACAUGUUUACUAUAAUCCAGAUACUGACAUGGAAUUUUGGAAUUACUCUUUUGACGAACACGGCAAUUUCGAUAUUCCCGCUACAAUCGACUACAUUAUUCAAGUAACCAAACAUAAAAAGCUUAGUUACAUAGGACACUCUCAAGGAACUACAGAUUUUUUCGCAAUGGCGUCACUAAAACCAGAAUAUAAUGAAAAAAUUCGAGUAUCCAUCCAACUGGCUCCUGUAGCAUGGAUGACAAAUAUCUUCAACCCUAUAUUAAAGGUAAUAUCUCCAGCAACGCACCUUCUCAAAAUUUUCUUAGAUUCCUCCGGUAAUAGCGAAUUGUUGUCGGAAAAUCAUCUUAUACAAUUGAUGUUUGAAAUGCUAUGUCAAGUGGUCUCAAAAUCUUUUUGUAUUUCUACACUACACGCUACCACUGGUUAUGAAGAUGGAAGUAUACCAACUAAGACGUUAGUUUUAGCAUUUAGUCACGUACUUAGCGGCACUUCAUCAAAAAGUCUAGCACAUUUCGGCCAGGUAAUAAAAUCUAAGCAUUUCCAACGAUAUGAUGAAGGAACAAAAGGAAACGUGAAAAGAUACGGUACACCUACGCCUCCAAAAUACAAUGUGUCUCUAAUAACUUCACCAGUAGUUCUAAUUUGUGCCGAAAAUGAUUGGGUGUCUUCAUUAAAAGAUAUAGACAUCCUUAGUUCUAAAUUAUCAAACUUGGUUGAAAAAUAUGUAGUGCCAGAACCAAAGUGGAGUCAUCAUAACCACGUGUGGAGUACAAAGUUGCCAAAUUACGUAUUUCCAAAAAUAAUAGAAUAUUUGGAUAAAUUUAAUUGACAAACCAGUGUUAAUGAUAAUCUUCAAUGAAUUACUUUUAUAGGGUGAUUUGUGUUUUUUAAUAAUUACGAUAACCUUAUUGUUUUUUAUAAAGAGAAACUGUAGCGAGUUUCACUUUAUAAUAUAUUACAAAAAAAAAAUAGAUUCUGAGACUUUAAAAAUAAACUUAAACUUGAUGAAAAUCAAUUCAUCAAAUUAAGCGCCAAAUCUAUACUAUUUUUUUUUGAUAAAUAUCAUUAUUAUUUUAAUUAAUUAUAAUACUUUUUCUGAUCUUAUGUCUCUUAUAUUAUCUUAUAUCUAAUAAUCUUUUCUUUAGUGACGAUAUAAUUUAACAUUUCGCUAACAAAUGCCAUAUGCUAAUUUAGUGAUUAGGUCUUAUUUACAAUCAUACCAAAUAUUAAAAUUGUAACUGUAAAUUACGUUUCUGUUGAUAUUUAUUAUUAUGUAUUUUCUUAGCAGAACUAAAUUGUUACUAAAGCAGUGUGAAUAAU